UUGGCCCAAAUAUCAUAGUCAGGCUCUGGGCCCAUAUCUCUACCUUUAAAACCCAUUCUAGGCGCGCCUCUAAAACCCUAGGUUAGAGCGCUUCUUUUCGCAGCAGCGCAGCCAAGCACACAAGGAUUCUCCCCUCGCGGAUCUCAUAACCUAGAGAUAAAACUAUGUCGGUUGGAGAGGUAGCUUGCACUUAUGCUGCUUUGAUUCUCUACGAUGAUGGUAUACCCAUCACUGCUGAGAAGAUCGCUCAGUUGGUCAAAGCAGCCAAUGUAAAAGUUGAAUCUUACUGGCCAAGCUUGUUUGCCAAGCUAUUGGCAACGCGCAACGUUGCGGACCUCAUUGUGAAUGUUGGUUCCGGCGGUGGUGGUGCUCCAGUGGCAGCUGCAGUUCCUGCUGCUGGUGGUGGUGCAGCUGCAGCUGCUGCUCCUCCACCUGAAGAAAAGAAGAAGGAAGAGCCUGAGGAAGAGAGUGAUGAGGACAUGGGAUUCAGCUUAUUUGAUUAGGAGUUCCUUCAGUAUGCCCAUGUCCUAUGUUGGUCUUAGUAGUUCAAAAGUAGUUCCCUUUUGGAUAUUUUGGCUGUUCUGUGUGUCAGUAUAAAUACUCUUUUUUCAUGAAUGCAGUAUUGGAGAGUAUGGUUUUUGAACAAUCAUAUGUUUUAUAGCGUCUAGAAAUGUAUAAGUAUUUCAGAUGAGUAUUGGUUCUCUUGUUAUUGAGUUUUGAAUCGAUGUUCUUAACUCUUAAAUUGUGCAAUGAAUUUAAAAUUUUCAAAA